AUGAAGCAAAGAGUCAGCGCAUUUGAUAUCCGAGUCCUCGUCAAGGAGAUAGAGCAUGCCAUCAAGGGCCAUCGUCUUCAGAAUGUGUACAACUUGGUGACCAAUCCGCGCUCGUUUCUUCUCAAGUUCAGCGUUCCCGACUCGAAGGCCAAUCUGGUCAUAGAGAGCGGCUUCAAGGUGUACUUGACCGAGUUCCAGCGCCCAACCACUCCCGAACCUUCCAACUUUGUUGUCAAGCUUCGAAAACACUUAAAGUCUCGGCGAUUGUCCAACAUCAAGCAGGUCGGCAACGAUAGAGUCGUGGUGCUGGAGUUUGGAGACGGCAUGUACUACCUGGUUCUAGAGUUCUUCAGCGCGGGAAAUAUCAUUCUGCUGGACUCUGACCGCAAAAUCCUGUCUCUUUUCAGAAUUGUUGAGGAGCACGAGAACAACGACAGAUACGCCGUCGGCGUUACGUACGGGAUGUUUGACCGGUCGCUUUUCGAGGAGCACGGGCAAUUGGGCCCUCAUAUUUACACUUCGGCCGAGAUAUUUGACUGGGCCAAGGGUGCGUCUGCAAACACGUCCAAAGUGCCGUCGAUCGCCAAGCUGGUGUUCCUGAACGCGGCGUAUCUGUCGUCUGACCUGAUCCAGAUUCAACUCUCGAAUAACGGGAUAGACCCGGCCUCCAGCAGCGUCAAACUUGUGCAGGACGAGGACCUGCUUUCCAGAGUGGCUGCGGCUGUGAACUCGUGCGAGCAGGAGUUCCACAGAUUGACUAACCUGCCGGCCGGAGAGCUUUCCGGCUACAUCAUCGGCAAACAUAAUCCGUUUUUCAAGCCGGAAGAGGACGCUUCGUACGAGAAUCUCGAGUACGUUUAUGACGAGUUCCAUCCGUUCGAGCCUGUGCACAAGAAAAAGGAGAACACGAGGGUCGAGGAAGUGAAGGGCUACAACAGGACGCUGGACAAGUUUUUCAGCACUUUGGAGUCGUCCAAGGCUGUUCUCAAGAUUCAGCAGCAGCAGGCCAAUGCCUCCAAACGGUUGCAAACCGUGAAGGACGAGCACAUGACAAAAUUGCAGCGCUUAGAGGAGCAGCAGGUGGUCAAUUACAGGAAGGGAGAGCUGAUCACCUUCCAUAGUGAGCAAAUAGAGCAAUGCAAACAGAGCGUCCAGGCCUUGCUGGACCAGCAGAUGGACUGGACCAAUAUAGAGAAGCUGGUGGCCAUGGAGCAGAAAAGACGAAACCCGAUCGCCAACAUGAUCAAGCUGCCACUGAACCUGGCGAAGAACGAGAUUACAGUUCUUUUGCCAGAGAUCGAGGAGCAGAGCGAUAGUGAGAGCGAUAGUGAGAGCGAUGAAAAGCGAAAAAGCGGGCCCGUUGCUGUUGCCAUCGAUUUGUCGUUGUCGGCGUACGCCAAUGCUACGAGGUACUUUGACGCCAUGAGAGCGGCGCUCGACAAACAGACCAAGACGAAAAAUAGUGCCUCCAUUGCCAUCAAAAAUACGGAAAGAACGAUCCAGCAGGAUCUGAAGCGGACGCAGAAAAAAGCUCAGGAGCCAAGCGGCCUGAAGCAGAUCCGCGCAAAGUUCUGGUUUGAAAAGUUCUGGUGGUUCAUCACCAGCGACAACCAUCUGUGCAUUGCUGGACGCGACGAUUCGCAGGUCGAUCUUAUUUAUUACCGAUAUUUCGACAAAAAUAACGACGUUCUCGUUUCGAACGAUCUGGCCGGGCUAAAAGUCGUUGUGAAGAAUCCGUUCAAAAACAAGGACAUUCCGCCAAGCACGCUGCUCCAAGCAGGGAUUUUUUCUUUGUCGGCCUCGAAAGCUUGGGACAAUAAAAUGGUGACCAGUCCGUGGAUGGUGAAGGGAACGCAAGUGUCGAAAAAAGAUUUCGACGGAAGCAUUGUUCCGGCCGGAAUGCUGAACAUCCAAGGCGAGAAGGCGUUUCUUCCGCCAUGCCAGCUCGUAAUGGGCUUUGGACUGCUGUGGCUCGGCGAUGAAGAGACUACUAAAAAAUACCGCGAUCUCGCGAAAGCCAGAAUCCAGGACGUUGGGCUCGAGCUUGCGCAGCAGCACGACAGUGUGGACUUGAAGAUCCAGGAGCUGACUGCCAUGCUUGAGAAGCUGGGAAGUGUGGAUGAGGAAGACGUUGAAGAAAAGGAGAAAGAGACGUCUGUUGUGGCAGAGUCGUCUGAGACAGAAGAGCCCGUUAGCUCUGCAGAGAGCGCGAUCAACACAGCCGUCAGAGGAAAGAAAAGCAAGUUGAAGAAGAUCAAGCAGAAAUACAAGGACCAGGACGAGGAGGAAAGACGUUUGAGAAUGGAAGCUCUGGGAACACUGAAGCAGAAGAAAGAACAGCCUGAGAAGUCGGAGACACAGCCCGAAAACAAGGGCGUGGACAGAAAGACUCGCAAAAAACAGCAAGACAUCCGGCUACUCAGGAAGCUGGUUGGCGAGCUUGAGGAGUCUGCGGAAGAAUCGGAGACCACGCCGUACGACGAGAUCAUCUCGGGGCUCAUUCCUGCUCCCAAAGAGUCGGACAGCAUUGUGAAUUGUAUUCUGGUGUUCGCACCCUACAACGCAUUAUCAAAGUACACGUACAAAGUGAAAGUGCAGCCGGGUCCGCUGAAGAAAGGAAAGGCGUUGUCCGAAGCCGUCAGAGUCCUGCAAUCGCAGACUCAGACGCUGAAAAAAGACAAUGCUCCUUGGACCGACUCGAAAAACCUGAUCGAGAACAUCAACCAGCAGGACGCGCUGCUGACGAUCACGGCGUCGAAACUGAAGCUCGCAGGAGCUGCGGGCGACAAGGGGAAGAACCCGACCAAAAAGUCAAAGAAAUAG